ACUUUUGCCAACAGUGCAUGAUUGAAAGUCUGGAUAUCACGGAAGCCUAAUCCUCCAAGGCUCUUGGGUUUGAUAAGAUGGUCCCAAGCAAUCCAGGAGAUCUUUCUCUCCGGGUUUAGGUUAUGGAGCACAUAAUAGCCACAAGGGAGACAGACGAGUUGGUAGAGCUGGUGAUAGCAGCUCAAGAGAAGGGUUUGUCAGGGGAGCACGGAACAUGGCUUGAAUUUCUAAAAUUUUGCGACCCGACAAGGGAUUAUUUUAACGAUCCCCGUAACCGAAAAGCCGAGACCUUGAUCCAAUUCCUUACUUCAAUCAUCAAGACAGACGAUUCGAGGAAAUUGGCUUUGCUUAUGAAUCCCAGCCGUCCACUGGUUCGCCGCUACUCAUGCAAUCACCCGAAAGAGACAGCUGAGCAGAGACUAGUUAGAAAGACGCUUACACAUGAGGAGUACCCAUUCGACUUUUUGAUCCCGUACAAGUCCAAGGACUGGGUCCUUACGGGAAUCAUAGGGAGCCCCAUUGUUGAUCCUUUAAACGAUCUCGCAGCAGAAAUUUCCUACUCUUUCCGCUCAAGGAUGCCUUAUGCUAAAAGUAUUGCCAUAACCGACAUGAUUGCCCUUUGUUGCGAGAAGGUUCUCUGUCAAGACAACACUGAAGCUGCUGUAAGAGUUGCUGCCGUUGACCGCAAUCUCAAGGUGAUUCUUGAUGUGCUUGUCAAACCAAAUGAGCCAGUUAUUAACUUCCGGACUAGUAUUACCGGACUCGAUUGUUUUGCUCUUCAUCUAUCAAACGCUACUCCUUUGUCGGAUAUACAGGAAAAAUUGCUGGAAUUGUUUCCUACGGAAACUAUAAUGGUCGGUCACCUUCUGAACAAGGAUCUCAAAGCUUUAAAGAUGGAUCAUGCAAGAGUUAUCGAUACCUCACUUUUGUUCAAGUAUGAUUUCUCUGGAUGUGGUAUCGUCCUCGGAAAGCUUCCAAGGCCCUCUUUGGAUCAUCUGUGCAAGUCUGUUUUGGGAUACGAAAUGCCGAAAUCUCCCGGAAGAUGUGUUGAUGAAGCUGUAGCUUCAAUGAAACUCGUGCUUGCUAUAUUGGAGCACGGAGCAGACACCUCUGUUCCACUACCUGAUGACAUGUUGAAAAACUGAUGAGUCAAUUCUUCAAAAUAUUAUGACAUUCGAUGGUGCGUUCUGCAUUUCAUUUUUUUAUUUUAUAUCCAAUUUCGAUCCAUUUUUUUUUUUGGUUUGCAUCAGGACAAUAGCAUAAGUAUAAAAUUAUUUAUCAGAAUAGUAUAAUCACAAUUUCAUCAUGGGUGUUUUUAGGUUUGGACAGUGAAAGAUAAUGUGUGUGUAGUAUCCUGUAUAUUAUAUACAGUGACACAUCCAAACAACAAACAUAUAACACUUUCAAUCUUUGUGUUGUAUCAUGACCUCGCU